AUGGCGACAUCCCGCGCCUGGACCUUCACAGCCCGCGGCAGCCCCCGCUCCGUCCUCUCCCUCGUCUCGCUUCCGGCACCCACCCUCCCGCCGGCGUCUUCCCUCCUCGCCAAAGCGAGGCCCGUACCUGACGCCGACGACGGUAACGAAUGGCUCCUCGUCAAAGUCGCCUAUGCGGCGCUGAAUCCGGGUAGUCGACUCUACAUCACCAUGCUCCCCGCCAUCGCCCGCGCGAAGACGGCCGUCCCGGAGCUCGACCUGAGCGGGACCGUUGCCGGUGUGUGGGGCCCCGGGACCGGGCCUGGCUCCGCUUCCGGCCCAAACAGCGCAAUGACAACACACAACAGCCGGUUCGCCAAGGGCGACCGCAUCGCAGCCUUUAUCCCCGUGUCUUACGGCUGGCCGACCGGCACCGGAGCCCUAGCCGAACACGUCGUCCUCCCCGCGCGCUACGCCGUGCCCGUGCCUUCCCACGUCCCUCUCCGGGACGCCAGCAGCGUGCUGACGGCCGGGUGCACCGCCGCAGUGACUCUGCGCGCUGCGGCACUGAAGAAGGGGGAUAGAGUCCUUGUCAACGGGGCUAGCGGCGGCAUCGGGUCUCUCGCGGUGCAGAUGGCCCGCGCAGCCGUCGGGCCCGAGGGGUACGUCGUCGGCGUGUGUUCGGGACGUAAUGCCGAGAUGGUUCGGGGCCUGGGCGCCGACGAGGUCGUGGAUUACACCUCUUCUUCGUCCCCCGUGUCCAAGACUCUGCGGCAGAGGUUUGGUAAGGAGGGGAAGCAGUUCGAUGCGGUUGCGGAUUGCAUCGGCGUGCAGGACAUCUACGCGAACUGCGCAGAGUACCUCGUACCCCAGGGGAUUUAUGCCGCAGUCGGGAUCAAGCCGGCGACGAACUCGUAUGUUGGAUUUUUGAAGGCGGUCUGGCACAUGCAGAUGAACGCCCUCUGGCCUCUUGCGACUUGGUUGGGCGGCACAGGCAGACGGUGGGCGGCGACGACCAUGAUGGACCCUGGCAAGGCGCUGAUGGAGGAGGUUAUGGGUAUGUUGGCGGACGGGAGGAUCAAGGCCGUCUUUGAGAGGGAGUUCGGAUUCGAGGAGGUUGUGGAUGGGUACGAGAUCGUCGGGAGCGGGAGGGCGAGGGGUAAGGUCGUCGUCAAGGUUAAUGGUGAGUGA